UGUCCCUCGGACACAGAGGAUCACCGAUCAAUGGAAUGAGCCGAAGACGUUGGCUUGGUCAUGUGAUCAGCUGUGAUCACUGAUCAUCAGGGCACUGAUGUAGCCCCACCCAGCAGUGCCACCUGUCAGUGUCCAUCAAUGCCAGCUGUCAGUGCUCAUCAAUGCCACCUACCAGUGCCCAUCAGUGAAACAUCAAUGCCACAUAGCAGUGCCUACCAGUGCACAUCAAUGCCAAAUAUCAGUGCCCAUCUGAGCUGCCUUUCAGUGCCACCUAUCAAUGCCAGUCAGUGUCACCUAUUAGUGCUGCCUAUCAGUGCCAGUCAGUACCUCCUAUCAGUGCCAGUCAGU